AUGUCCCGAUCCGCCGCGGACGCAACGCGGUUUACGGCCACGGGCCCAUACGCCAGCUCCAAGCCCAACGGCGCCCCUUACAACCUGCCAGAUUUCAUGAAGUCGAAGGACAACGCAUCACAGACCAAGCAAGCGCCACAGCCCGGCCCUGAUGGCAAGCCCGAGACCCCGAAGCAGAAGGUGGAACGACUCCGAGCACAGGCACGGGCUUCUCGGAUGGCUCAGUCUUCGUCUGGUGUGGACCGGUGGAUUGAUUUUGGACGACGAUUUGCCAACCGGGCACACAAGGGCAUGGUCUACUCAUUGAUUGUCGCAUCCGGCGUCUGUGGUGUCCUUACAGUCUACUCGAUGGUCUCACUGACAAUGUACAACCGCCGCCAGCGCACACUGUGGAUCGAGAAGGAGAUGGAGACUCUCAAGCAAGCUCGUAUUGCACAGGCUAACGGAUCCGCCGAUGAGGAGCAGCUCGAGCUCAUCAAGAAGGAGGAGAUUGCCACGAUCCUGAAGCGGAACCGCGAUGAAGAGAAGGCACAGCGCCCAUGGGCCAAGGCGAAGCGAUUCCUGUUUGAGAAGAUGAAUGUGGAGGACACCGGUGCCCCCGCCGCGCAGACUGCUGCCGUCUCCACAUCCGCCCCGGCCUCCGAGUCCAGCAUAAUCGCUGCCGCCGAUGCGAAGAAGGCCUUCGCUGAUGCAUCCGCGCCUGGUCAGUUGGAUGUGAUUGCCGAGAAUGCCGAGCGGGCCACAAAGGAGAAGACUAAGGGUUGGGUCAGCUGGAUGACUGGACGGUAG